GGGGGUUGUAGGAAUGCCAUUUUCUGUCCCCCUCCCCUCUGCACAAGUCUCCUUGCUGCUGCUGGAACUGAGGAAUUUGACUGCAUCAAAAGGACACUACUGAUGCCUUCAUUCCCCUCUCGUUCAUGUGGUGAAGGAAGAAGAACCGCCAUGCAGCCUGCUCAGGAUUCGGUGUCCUUUGAAGAGGUGGCUGUGCAUUUCACCCACGAGGAGUGGACCCUGCUGCACCCAGCCCAGAGAGCUCUCUAAAAGGAAGUCAUGCUGGAGAAUUUUGGGAACGUGGCCUCUCUGGAACCUCAGAAUGCCAAACCUGACCUCAUAUCCUGGCUAGAAGAGGAAGAAGAGCUCUUUGUCCAGGGAUUUGAUGAAGAGGAGGGAUUGGCAGGAGGCAUGUGGGAGUCAGCGAAUGAGCUAUCUGAGCCUGCAGUGGUGGAACAAGCAGAGAUGAAUUCACAUGUGAAAGAGGGUGAUGGACUGAGGAAAAAGAAAGGAAAACACACAUGUAAAGGGAGGAAGAAUUCUGGCCUUUCACAGCGGGGUGACUCGCCACUGCAAAAAAUACACAAAGGAGACAAUAGGAACAAGCAGACUGUGAGUGGGGAAAAUGUUUGUGAAGUAUCAGAUAUUAAUAUUCUAUGGAACACCUAUAACCAAAAGAAAAUACAUAAAUGCCUGGAAUGUGGGAAAAGCUUUGCGCGGAAAGAUAUCCUAGCUUCCCAUCAAAGAAUUCACACAGGGGAAAAACCAUAUAAAUGCCUGGAGUGUGGUAAAAGCUUUAGUCGGAGUGACAGUCUUAUUUACCAUGGAAGAAUUCAUACAGGGGAGAAACCAUAUAAAUGCAUGGAGUGUGGUAAAAGCUUCAGUCAGAGUGGAAGCCUUUCUUGCCAUCAAAGAAUUCACACAGGAGAGAAACCUUAUAAAUGCCUGGAGUGUGGACAAAGCUUCACUCAGAGAUCACAACUUAAUCUUCAUCAAAGAAUCCACACAGAGGAGAAACCAUAUAAAUGCCUAGAGUGUGGAAAAAACUUCCGUCAUAGUGGAAGGCUUACUUCCCAUCAAAGAAUUCACACAGGGGAGAAACCUUACAAGUGCCUGCAGUGUGGACAAAGCUUCAGUCGGAGUGACAGUCUUACUUCCCAUGGAAGAAUGCAUUCAGGGGAGAAGCCCUAUAAGUGCCAGGAAUGUGGAAAAAGCUUCUCUGAGAAUGGAAAACUUACUUGCCAUCAACGAAUCCACACAGGAGAGAAACCAUAUAAAUGCCUGGAAUGUGGAAAAAGCUUCAGUCGCAGUGGGAACCUUACUUCCCAUCAAAAGAUUCACAAAAGGGAGAAAUGAUAAAAAUGCUUGGAUUGGAUCCCUUGUGGAAAAGCCUCUAAUCAGACAGAGAACCUUAAUUCCCAUCAAAGAAUUCACACAGAGGAGAACCCGUACAAAUGUCUGAAGUGUGGGAAAAGCUUCAGAGUGCGUGGAUACCUUACUUUCCAUCAAAGAAUUCACACAGGGGAGAAACCAUAUCAGUGCUCAGAGUGUGGGAAAAGAUUCUGUCGCAGUGCAGCUCUUAAGGUCCAUCAAAGAAUUCACACAGGGGAGAAACCAUAUAAAUGUCUGGAGUGUGGGAAAAGCUUCUGUCAGACAGGUCACUUUACUUCCCAUCAAAGAAUUCACACAGGGGAGAAACCAUAUAAAUGCCUGGAGUGUGGGAAAAGAUUCAGUCGCAGUGCAUCUCUUAAGGUUCAUCAAAGAAUUCACACAGGGGAGAAACCAUAUAAAUGCCUGGAGUGUGGGAAAAGAUUCAGUCGCAGUGCAGCUCUUAAGGUCCAUCAAAGAAUUCACACAGGGAAGGAACCAUAUAAAUGCCUGGAGUGUGGAAAGAGCUUCAAUGACAGUGGACAAGUCUCUGUUCAUCAGAGAAUUCACACAGGGGCGCAACCAUACAAAUGCCUGGAGUGCGGCAAGAGUUUCAAUGACAGUGGACACCAUGCUGUCCAUCAAAUAAUUCAUACAGCAGAGACACCAUAUAAAUGCCUGGAGUGUGGAAAGAGCUUCAAUGACAGUAGACAACGCUCUGUUCAUGAGAGAAUUCAUGCAAGGGAGAAACCGUAUAAGUGUCUGGCGUGUGGAAAGAGCUUCAGUCGCAGUGGACAUUGUGCUGUUCAUCAAAGAAUUCAUACAGGGGAGAAACCGUACAAAUGCCUGAAGUGUGGUAAAAGCUUCAGUCACAGUGGAAGCCUUUCUUGCCAUCAAAGAAUUCACACAGGAGAGAAACCUUAUAAAUGCCUAGAGUGUGGACAAAGCUUCACUCAGAGAUCACAACUUAAUCGUCAUCAAAGAAUCCACACAGAGGAGAAACCAUAUAAAUGCCUAGAGUGUGGAAAAAACUUCCGUCAUAGUGGAAGCCUUACUUCCCAUCAAAGAAUUCACACAGGGGAGAAACCUUACAAGUGCCUGCAGUGUGGUCAAAGCUUCAGUCGGAGUGACAGUCUUACUUCCCAUGGAAGAAUGCAUUCAGGGGAGAAGCCCUAUAAGUGCCAGGAAUGUGGAAAAAGCUUCUCUGAGAAUGGAAAACUUACUUGCCAUCAACGAAUCCACACAGGAGAGAAACCAUAUAAAUGCCUGGAGUGUGGAAAAAGCUUCAGUCGCAGUGGGAACCUUACUUCCCAUCAAAAGAUUCACAAAAGGGAGAAAUGAUAAAAAUGCUUAGAUUGGAUCCCUGUGGACAUUCUGGAGAGGUGGAGAAACAAAACCUGGCACUCUUCAAGACUCAGAUUGCACAGUGAUCAUACUUGAAUCCUUAGCAAAAUUUGCCAAUCAGGGCUAUGCUGAUGAAGUCCCUUUGAGUGGCAGUUAUGGGUGCAGCCAACCGCAAAUGUGGCAGCAGCCCCAUGACCUCCUCCCAUUGGAGCACCAGAGGACCAAAAGGAAAGACCCAGCAACUAAGCAACCUCAGCAGCAGUCUCUGAUGUCAGCCUCAGAGAUGGAUGUAUUAUUGACAACCUCCUGUUGCGGCCUGGAGUUCUCCUUGAACUAUACCUGCUGAACUCCUUCCCUUCCUGGAACUCCACCCACUCCAAGCCCCACCCCCAAAUCUCCAGGAAUCUCCCAAGCUAGAGCUGGCAACCCUUGAUGAAUCGCAGCCCAUUGCAGGGGAAUGGCAGACAUCAGGGGGAACAUAUGACAGCAGCCCCAGCCAAAUCUGUAAUACCCCUCCCCUCCAUAGUCCAUUGGGGAAUGGUGCCCAUAUGCCAAGGAGGAGAUCUCAUUGGUCUGAGUCCCUGGGGGAUGAGGAUGGUAGUCAAAAGACGGAGCCCACCCAUUCCCCUGGCAACAGUUCGACUGGCAGCAAAGCACAAGGCGCAGUAUGGGCUCGAUCCCUGUAGUGGUAACUUGUGGAAGAGCAUUGUAAUCUCGAGCAGUCAGUGGUGUGCCACAGUUCCUCCAUCUUGUACCCAGUGGCAGACCGAGCCUUUUUGCUGUUGUAAGUUGUUGUUCCCUCAAGAAUCUUUAAUGUCCAUUUGUCUAAUCCUGGUGUCAGGCUAUUGCGUUUAGGAAUGAGGUGUUUAGAUUACCACCUGGUAUGAGAGUUUGGGGGAGGCUAAAGGCAAUCUUCAUCGUGGACGAUUGCCAGAGGCACUGCUUACCAGUCAGCCUUGAAUACUUGGCCUCGCAUCCCACUUUGAAGAUAAUUCAUCAUCAUCUCCUUUGAAGACAGUGAAGAGAGAACAAAUAUCUGGUAUAACUGUGUAUCUUAGUUCCUAUAUAAGUCUUAGAAAGCCCCUCCCUUGCUGGACCUCCGCUCAGACUGAACCAUGGAGCAGCACUGUGCAACUGUCCAGAAUGAGGCGUCUGCUUGCUGUCAUUUCCAGGGGUUCCCAAUAGCAGCAGGGGGGGGGGUCAUAAGCCUAAGUUCUGUGGCUUUUCUCUGUU